AUGAUGGACCUUCGACGCCGCCAUGUCUGGAAGUACCGGAGACUUCUCCUCAUCAUCCUCACUCCACUGUGCGUGCUGCCCCUGCCACUGGUCAUCAGGACGAAGGUGGCAGGCUGUGGCUAUACUCUGGUGCUCAUGGCCGUGUUCUGGAUGUCUGAGAUUUUGCCUCUCUCUGUGACUGCUCUCCUGCCAGCGCUGCUCUUCCCUCUCUUCGGCAUCCUGAAGUCUUCUGAGGUUGCUUCAAUGUACUUCAAAGAUUUCCACGUGUUGUUGAUGGGGGUCAUCUGCUUAGCAACGUCCAUCGAGAAAUGGGGUCUCCACCGAAGGAUAGCUCUCAGAUUGGUGACUUUUGUCGGAGCCAACCCAGGCUGGCUAAUGCUUGGCUUCAUGGCAGGCUGUGCUUUCCUGUCCAUGUGGCUGAGCAACACGUCUACCGUUGCCAUGGUGAUGCCCAUCGUGGAAGCAGUGAUCCAGCAGAUCGUGAGUGCAGAGGGAGAGGCAGAGGCUAGCCAGCAGCAGAGCAACACCAACAACGCUGGCAACACAAACCCCAGCUUCCAGCUGGAUGAGGUGGAGACACAGUACGACAAGGUUAAAGAGAUCAUCAGUGCUGAAAUAGAUCUCAAAAACGUUCCCAGUUCUCGGUCAGACAAACGAUACCGAACCCAGAAGGAUCAUAUGAUGUGUAAGGGCUUGUCUCUGUGCAUUGCCUACUCCUCAUCUUUUGGAGGCCUGAGCACCCUGACUGGGACAGCCCCUAACCUCAUCUUCUCUGAAUACAUACGGCAGUUCUACCCAGAAUGCACAAGCAUCAAUUUUGGGAACUGGUUCAUUAUGUGCCUGCCAAUCAGCAUCAUCGUCUUGGUGUUGUCAUGGAUAUGGCUGCACUGGAUGUUUCUUGGCUCUAAUUUCUCCUCACUGUUGCGCACCUCCAGGAAUAGGCAGUCAGAGAGAGAGCGAUUGGCAGCCAAUGUUAUCCAACAGCAGUAUGAUGCUCUGGGACCAAUGAGUUCACAGGAGAUUGUCAGUUUGAUUAUAUUUGUGCUCAUGGCACUGCUGUGGUUUUUCCGGGAGCCUGGUUUCAUGCCUGGCUGGUCUUCUCUGUUCUCAGAUUACCCAGGAUUUGCGACGGAUGCCACUGUGGCAGUGUUGCUGGGUAUACUGCUCUUCAUCAUCCCUUCUGGCAGAGUCAAUGGCACUCACUACGAGCCCAUGAUUACAUGGAAAGAGUUCCAGUCAUGUAUGCCAUGGGAGAUCAGCCUUCUUGUUGGUGGGGGCUUCGCUUUGGCAGAGGGCACUGAGGUGUCUGGACUGUCUGAGUAUGUGGCUAACUUGCUGACUCCAUUGGGUGACCUCCCUCCAUUGGCCACAGUAACUAUUGCCUGUCUAAUUGUUACCUCUGUCACUGAGGUGGCCAGUAAUCCAGCUACCGCCACCAUCUUCCUGCCCAUACUUGCCCCGCUGGCAGAGGCUAUCAAAAUCAACCCUCUCUACAUGCUGAUUCCCGCAGUUCUCAGUGUGUCUUUCGCCUUUGUUUUACCUGUUUCCAACCCUUCAAAUGCCAUUGUUUUCACUUAUGGCCAUCUCACAACCAUGGACAUGGUAAAAGCAGGACUGGGUGUAAAUGUCAUUGGUAUUCUGGCUGUGCUGCUAGCUUUGACCACAUGGGGUACUGCUCUGUUUGACCUGGACACCUACCCAGAAUGGGCCCCAGGCCAUGGUGCGGCUAAUAUUACAGGAGCGCAGUUGUAUAUCCGAGUGUCGACUAUGCUGGAUCCGUCCUCUAGUGAAGAAUCCGGAGGUGAACUGCCACCAGAUGACGAGCCUCCAAUCAAACCAGGGAAAAUCCCCCAAAAGGUCCCAAAGUCUGAGAAACCAGCAGGUGCCCCUCGUACCCAAACCAGUGACCCGAGCCCAGCUGUCCCGGGUGAAGAUAAAGAUGAUCAAGAAAGACUUAAGAAAGAGGAGGCUGAGAGAAAAAUUAAACUACAGAUUUACGUGUUUGUACUGAGGUGUAUAGCGUAUCCUUUCAAUGCGAAACAGCCCACGGAUAUGGCUCGGAGACAACAAAAGAUGAAUAAGCAGCAGUUGCAGGCAGUGAAGGAGCGUUUUAAUGCUUUCUUGAGAGGAGAGACACAGAUCGUGGCUGAUGAGGCUUUCUGCAAUGCCGUCCGCAGCUACUACGAGGGGGCUGGACAAGUGGGCACUCUCUAG